GUUGGCGCAAUUGACCCACAAAAAGUGAAAAUAAAGAAAUGAGAGGAAGUCUUCAGAGCAGUCAAGUUCACUCAUCUUGGUAUGACAUCAAGCUCUACCAAGAAGUAAGUUCUGUUCUCGCCAUGAAUCAUUUCUUUGCUAGUGUUAUGCUUGCGGAAAAAAUAUCCAUCACCUUGUAAAUCACGGUAGCUAGGCAAAGGACUUAGUUCUCUUGCCCCUAAACGCAGACAUGGCUGAAGCAUCAGAAAAAGUAGCUGCUGGCGAUUCUGAGACUGCGAAAGGUCGAAAGUUUAUUAGAAGGGCGACUAGAUAUGUCCGCCUUCUGGUUUAUGCGGAGCCGACGAAAGUUGACCUCACUCUCCUUAUAGUCGGCCUGCUAGCCGCGAUUGCAUCAGGCGUGCCAUUCCCUCUUAUGGGCAUUCUAUUCGGCCAAUUGGUUGACAAUCUGAAUUCUGCGUCCUGUAGCGUGGAUUCUCAAUUCGGCGCGGCGAUUCAAGCAGAAGUCAAUGAAAAGGUCCUCAAAGUCGUCUAUAUUGGAAUAGCCUACUUUGCCUUGGUGUAUAUCUAUGUCGCUUCGUGGAACUUGUUCGGUGAACGUCUGGCCCAACGGCUUCGCGAGCGGUAUUUCAAAAGCUUAUUACGACAGGAUGUCUCAUUCUUCGACGAUAUGCCAGCGGGAGAAGCCGCCUCCCGGCUCACUGGUGACAUAACGACGAUUCAACAAGGGACCUCUGAGAAGGUCGGCGUUGUCCUCAAUAGCGUGUCAUUUUUCAUCACAGCUUAUAUCAUCGCUUUCAUCAAAGAUCCCAAGCUAGGUGGAGAAUUAGUGUCUUUGACACCAGCCUAUCUGCUCAUGUCACUCGUUGGCGGCUACUAUACUCAGAAGUAUGCAGCAGCCAUGUUGAAGAACGUUGCUGCGGCAUCCUCUGUUGCGAUGGAAUCACUGUCGAACGCAACAGUUGUGCAUGCUUUCUCCGCAAACGCAAAGCUGGAAUCAAAAUUCGCUGGUCUGCUGGGAGAUGCAAAGGCAGCUGGAAUUAGGAAGGCACUUUCUGUUGCCACUCAGUCAGGAUUGCUGUAUUUUAUCGCGUUCUCCGCAAAUGCCCUGGCGUUCUGGCAAGGCUCUAGAACGAUCGCGGAUGCGGUUGCCUCUGGUACUCCCGGAUCAACAGUCGGGACUACAUACACAGUGAUUUUCUUAUUGGUUGAUGCUACUUUGAUCCUUAGCCAGGUCGCUCCUUUUGUUCAAGUCUUUGAUGCUGCAGGAGUUACCUUCGAAAAAUUAGAAGCCGAUAUCAACCGACAACCGAAAAUAGAUGGCACAGCCGAAGGCGUCGGGAGGUCUCUCCCUAGCGCUUCGGGUAAUAUUGAGCUGAAAAAUGUUUCCUUUGCCUUUCCAUCCCGGCCAGACAAACCUGUACUACAGGAUGUCUCGAUAUCUUGUGCAGCUGGACAGCACACUGCAAUCGUUGGUCUAUCCGGGAGCGGGAAAUCCACUGUUGCAGGCCUAAUAACACGCCUAUAUGAUCCAGCAAGCGGAGAAGUAUCUUUUGACGGACACAACAUCCAAGAUCUGAACGUUCGAUUCUUACGAAGCAACCUCAGCCUUGUCCAACAAGAGCCAUCGUUACUCGACAGGUCCAUCCUUGAGAAUAUUGCUUUAGGGCUAAUAAAUUCCCCAACCCACUCUCACUUGACAUCGGCCUUGCUUGGAAACAAGCUUUCCGAUCUUGCAGCCGCCGUUAGGAAUGGACAGGAUCUGGCAAAAGAAGCAGAGAUUCGUGGGCCAGAUAUUGUCGAAAUCAUAGAACUGGUGGAAAAGGCGGCAUAUCUCGCUGACGCGAGUGUUUUUAUCCGCCGUCUAAAGGAUGGCUAUGGCACUCUAGUCGGCUCGAGUGGUAGUUUGAUAUCUGGAGGCCAGAAGCAAAGAAUUUCCAUUGCUCGAGCUUUGGUUAAAGAACCGAAACUUCUGAUUCUCGAUGAAGCGACCGCCGCUCUAGAUUCUACCAGUCAACAACGCGUCCAGUCUGCAAUUGAGAGAGUAAUGAGCGGGAGGACGUUAAUAUCAAUUGCUCAUCGUCUCUCCACAAUCAAGAACGCCGAUAAUAUUAUCGUUAUGAACCAAGGAAAAGUUGUUGAGCAGGGAACUCAUUCAGAACUGAUAGCAAGAGAUGGCGCAUACGCUGGUCUAGUGCGUCUACAGAAUCUCAAUGUUCGUCCGGAAGAAGAGGAGGAUAUCUCGAGUGACUCGUCGGUAGCAAAAGAUUCAUUGGACAACAUGACCGAGAAAGCUGGCGAUAGUCCACAUAUCGGCGAAGCUAGUCUUGACGAAAAACGCUCUUUGGAGACAUCCACGCAGAUGGAUGAAGGUAGUUGCGGCGAUAUUAAUGCGAAGCGAUCGAUAUGGUCAACCCUGAAGGCCUUGGGUCCAAUGUUCCGGCCGCAAAUCCUCUUCCUUCUCGUAGCAUUGACUUGUGCUUUCGUAGUUGGAGGCACAUAUUCCGCCUCUGCAAUUAUCUUCGGCAACACGAUUGGCGCGCUGAGUCCAUGCGAAACUGCAGAUUCCAUCAGGUCUGCUGGCAGAUUUUACGGAUUGAUGUUUUUCAUCCUCGCUAUCAUCGAAUUUUUCGCUAAUCUGGGAAGCUGGUCAGCAUUCGGCUGGGUGGCCGAAAAGAUUACCUACAAAGUUCGAGUUCUCUCGUUCAGGGCUCUCAUGGAGCAGGACUUGCAAUGGCAUCAGUCAGAUGGAAGAAGUCCUACUCUCUUACUUUCGGUCAUCACCCAGGAUGGUAAUGCUCUGUCCGGCCUCACUGGGUCCGUAGUAGGUACCAUUAUUGCUAUACUGGUGAAUGUGGUCGCAGCAAUUGCAUUAUCCCACGCGAUUGCAUGGAAGAUUGCGUUGGUUUGUCUGGCCGUUGUGCCUCUGAUGCUGGGUGCGGGUGUUAUGCGAGUGAUGACGAUGGCACGCUUCCAAGAACGCCAUUCAAAGGCCUUUGAGAAGUCUCUCGGGAUCACAGUUGAAGCCGUCAACUCGAUCAAGACUAUUUCUUCUCUUUCCCUAGAACAUGAGAUUUUGAGAACCUAUCGACGCUCACUGAAAGGGCCGACCAAGGAAAUUGCACAACAGAGCGCCUAUGCCAACCUUUGGCUGGCGAUCGCGUACGGCCUGAGCAAUUUCCUAUAUGCACUUGCCUACUGGUGGGGCGCAAGGAGAAUUAUUGCCGGGGAAUACUCGCAGAAACAGUUCUUUAUUGUGCUCAUGGCUCUCCUGGUCAGCGCACAGCUUUGGGGCCAGAUGUUCACGCUUGCUCCCGACGUGACACGCGCGUUCACCGCGCUUGCUCGGAUUAUGAACCUCCUUGACCUUGGAUCGACCAAGAAACUCUCUGGGCCGAUUCAACCGCUGGAGCGGGGCCUCAAUGACCUCGAAGCGAGCCCUGAUUCAAAAGAGAAUCGCCCCGAUUCAGCCCAUGGAGGGAUCAGUGUUUCUCUCAACAACGUGAAGUUCUCCUACCCAGCACGUCAAGAGGUUCCGGUUCUUCAUGGGCUCAAUAUCCGUAUCAAACCAGGCCAGUUUGCCGCGCUAGUUGGCCCAAGCGGCGCCGGCAAAUCGACGAUCAUAUCACUCAUCGAGAGGUUAUAUACACCAAACUCGGGCAGUGUUCACAUUGAUGGCCAGGAUAUCUCAAGCCGCGAGGGUGUAUCUUUCCGCGAUAACAUCGCCCUUGUCCCACAGGAUAGUGUCCUUUUCGAAGGCACCAUCCGGUUCAAUAUUGCGCUUGGAGCCCGUCCUGGUCACGAGCCAACAGACGCAGAAAUCGAAGAAGCCUGCCGGUUGGCAAAUAUCCACGACACCAUUGUUAGUCUGCCGGAAGGGUAUGACACGAACUGCGGACCCGGUGGAAACCAGCUUUCAGGUGGACAGAAACAGCGGCUCGCAAUUGCCCGCGCUCUUGUCCGGAAGCCUCAGCUCCUUCUACUCGACGAAUCGACGAGUGCCCUUGAUGCGGAAUCUGAACAGCUUCUCCAAGCCGGCUUAGAGAAAGCCACCAAAGGCAUGACUGUGAUUGCCAUCGCGCAUAGGCUUUAUACGAUUCGGAAAGCAGAUGUCAUCUUCCUUAUCGAGGAUGGAAGAUGCACUGAUCAAGGCACACAUACGGAGUUAGCAGAGCGCAGCGAAAGCUAUAAAAUAAAUGCAUUGCAUCAAGCCUUUGAGUAAUAUUGGGCGAAAGUUUUAACCUGUUGAUUUAUUACUGAGCUUUUUCGCGUUUUGCAUCGAACAUAGAGUUUGUUCUACGGCGAUUUCGUUACAAUUUCAGAUACAACUUUUAUAAUAAUAAUGCUACUAGAUACUCCUUUAUACACUACUUUAUUAUUAAAUUCUAUGCCUAUAUUGGCAAAAAUAAAUCUCCAAACGUAACUACAUAUCUACUUCUAGAACAGGAAACAUUUCUUGAAGCACCAAGAUACGAAAAGAGAAAAUUAUUUACCAUAAA